AGUACUGAAAGAUGUGGAACCUCAAAGAUCGCAUGGUUUCAUUUCCCAAAUUCACAAGUUUCCGUCCUCUUCUUCACCUGACUCCUCCUUCAACCCUCUUGGUUCUCUUUCUUCCGUUUCUUCGAUGCCAUUCCAUCAGACCUCCGCCGUGUCUCCGUUGGGUACCAUCCGCCUCGCCUUCCGGCGACAUUCCCGCCGCCGGCACUUCCUCUGGGCGCCAUCUUGCGGUCCUCUCCCUUCUAAUUCUGGCCCAGGUGCUCACGGGCUCACCCAACUCGGGCCGGGCCGGGCCGGAGCGGGGCUGAGGGCGCCCCAGCGCCGACCCCCGCCCAUUUCCAGCCCUAGCCAAUGAGUGGUAGUGCUCUGUCUCCCAGUCUCCGUUCCCUUGCGUUCCUUCAUCCUGCUGGUAAUCUCCGUCUCGUCUUCUUCGGCACAUUGGUGUGGCCUCGCACUCCUCCAUAUACAAAAAUGGAGAGGCUUUUGAUUGUAUUGUCAGAAUCAGUUGAUUGAAAUGAAAUCUUUCAAGACCAUUGAGGAUCGAGGGAGCAAGUCUCAAGUAUAUGGUUCUACAGCAAACACAUUAUUAUCUCAAUUAGAUAAUGAAGUCUACAGUAUAUAGUGUGCUUUCUACGCUAGCUCCUCUUCACUAUGAUAACCUUACAUACUGUCACAAGCAAUCCUUAAAGAUAUUUAAUAGAUUUUCUGGUCAGUUUAAAAGUUUUCAUUCUCAUAUGGGGAACAAUCCAGUUCAUUUGGAAAAGAGAAUGGUUGAAGGACAGUAUCUUCCUCCUUGGUUCAGUGUUGCUCCAAUGAUGGACUGGACAGAUAAUCACUAUAGGACUCUUGCUCGACUCAUAUCCAAACAUGCAUGGCUUUACACAGAAAUGGUUGUGGCGGAAACCAUCGUUCAUCAAAGGAACAACUUGAUAUGAGUACUAUUUUGCCUUGCUGCGUGACUUCCCAGAAGUACAGUUUACUAUAAAUGGAGGCAUCAUUGGCAUUGAUCAGGUAAAUGCAGCCCGAAGACAAGGAGCCCAUGGAGUCAUGGUUGGUCGUGCUGCUUAUAAUAACCCAUGGUCCACUCUGGGACAUGUUGAUAGUGCAGUAUAUGGUGUCCCAAGUUCUAGUCUUUCACGUCGCCAGAUCCUUGAAAAUUAUCAGAUAUAUGGUGAUUCUGUUUUAAGAAAAUAUGGACCUGGCAAACCGGGCAUUAGACAACUGGUCAAGCCAUUACUGAACCUAUUUCAUUCAGAACCUGGAAAUGGUUCGUGGAAACGCAAGGCUGAUGCUGCAAUGUGCCAUUGCAAGACAAUUGAAUCUUUUCUUGAAGAGACCUUGGAUGCCAUCCCUGUUGUUUUGGAUUCAACCCUAGACAGAAGCCCAUCAGAUUGGGAAGGGAGUUUUGCUGAUAUUGAUGGCGUGUUACCUCCUCCAUAUAAAUCUAGUUUACAGCAGUCAGUGAGUGCUGAUGAUCCUGUAAAAUUAUCAGCUUGUCUGUGCGUGCCAUCUUGAACCUUUGAUUUAUAAUAUAUCUUAGGCAUGCAUUUGUAAUUUAAAUUUUAUAUAAUCAUUUGAUAUGCUCGCAAAGGUGUAAACAAAAAUUGUGUUCUGGACACAUUUUUGUAAUAUCCUCAUUUAAUAUGGUAAACAUGGCCAUAAGAAAUUUAGCCAU